GUAUUAAAAUUUCUGUCAUUAAAAACUAGCUGUACUAAAAUAUAAUGAAUAAAGAUUAGGUAAGGUGAGGAGAAUAUAACAAAUGAUGUAAACAGAACCGCCUUGUGUGAUUGUGUCAAAGCCUCAAAGGUUAAAGUCAAAAGAUCAAGUAUCCUUCUCUACAUCUGUUAUUGCUAACUGAUCUCUGCAGGCAGUGCAUCUACGUUUUGAGAAAUCUACUCGAUCCUACAUAAGGCUGCCUUUACGUGAUGAUGGCAGAUGUGAUUGCGAGUAUAAUUGUGAUUGUUGUGACCGUUGCAACUGCGGCAGCGGCUAUAUACUUUCAAGGAUGGUUUAUAAUGUGGGGACAAUAUAUUUUCCACAACGAAAUGGUAGAGAAGAUAAAAGCAAUGGGAAGAUUCAUAGCCAAAAGCAAAGAUAUUCAACCAUUUUCUCAUCUUGAUUCGCUACCAGGUAUUCAGUAUGAAUUAUCUGAAGACUUCGUUUAUUUUAGAUCAACAAAAAGGGCUUAUGAUGAACUCUUUGAGACACUCGAGGACGACUCCAUCCAUAUGAUAGGAUUGUAUGGUGAGGGUGGAUGUGGAAAAACAACUCUUGUAACUGAAGUUGGCAAGAAGGCUGAGGAUUUGGAAAUGUUUGAUAAGGUUAUAUCAAUCACCGUGUCUCGAACUCCAAACAUUAGAGACAUUCAAGGAAAAAUUGCAGAUAUGUUGAAAUUGAAACUGGGUGAAGAAAGUGAAGAGGGAAGAGCCCAACGUUUAUGGAUGUGUUUAAAACAAAAGAAGCGAAUUCUUAUCAUAGUAGACAGUUUAUGGAGAGAUUUCAAAUUGAAGGAUAUCGGGAUUCUCUUAGAUGAUGAUAUAAAAAAAACAUGGAAGAUCCUCAUAACCACUCGUCAUGAGCGUGUUUGUACAUUAAUGAACUGUCAAAAGAAGAUUCAUUUGGAGCUCUUGUCUGAAGAUGAGUCCUGGAAUUUAUUCCAAAAGUUAGCAAGAAUUGAUGACGAACGCUCCAAGGUAUUGCAUAAUGUGCCACGAAAAAUAUGCAAUGAAUGUAUGGGACUUCCCAUAGCAAUCAAAAUUGUGGGGUCAUUAUUCAAAGAGAGGAAUGAAAUUGAAUGGCAGCAGGCGUUUCAGAAGUUACGGGAUUCAAAGGCAUAUGAUGAUGAAGAUAAUGCUACUUUUUGCGUUAAAUUAAGCUAUGAUUAUUUGCCAACGAAAAAAGCACAACAAAUCUUUCUGUUGUGUGCUCUUUUUCCAGAAGAAUAUCACAUCCCUACAGAAGAUUUGGUGAGGUAUGCACUUGGACUAGGUGUGAGAGAAAUAUUAUCGUUAAAGUCAAUGAAGAGCUCCAUCAGUGCAGUCAUAACAGAACUUCUAGAUUCUUGUUUGCUGACACGUGGUUCCGUGAAGAUGCAUAACAUGGUUCGUGAUGCAGCCUUAUGGAUUGCAAAUAGAUCAGAUUGCAAAAUCUUGGUAAACGUUGACAAACCACUUAGCACUGUGGCAGUAAUAAUACCAGAUUAUUUUGCAGUAUCUUCAUGGUGGUACAAUGAAAAUCCCUCUUUUUGUCAAUUGCAUGCUCCAAAUCUUAAACUUCUAUUGAUAAAUAUUAGUGCUCAUGAUAGAUCACUGAAUUCCUUGGAUUUAUCACAUUUAACAUUCGAAGGAAUACAAGGGCUUCAAGUUUUUUCUAUAACCAUCAAUUACAAAAUAGUACCAAUAUCAUUUCCUCCAUCAAUCCAAUUGUUGACAAAUGUUAGAACUCUGCGCUUAAAUGGAUUGACAUUUGGUGACAUUUCUUUCAUAACAAGCUUAACAAGACUAGAGGUUCUUGACUUGAGACGCUGUGAGUUCAACGAGCUUCCUAUCGAAAUAGGAAAGCUUAGAAACCUGAAGCUGCUAGAUUUGUCAGAAUGUCUUAUUUUUGAAAACACCUAUAAUGGUGCAAUAGGAAAAUGUUCACAGCUAGAGGAGUUAUAUGCUUCAAAAUGCUACCCAUCAUAUGAGUAUGUUAACGAGAUCAUUCUGGAUAUUGGUAUUCUCCUAAAUCUACAAAGAUUUGUAUUUGGUGAUCAAAUCAUUCCAGAAAGCACUAGAGUUGUACAAGUAAAUGAUUUGAAUAUCUCAAAGUUGAGGACAUCCAAAAGAAAUAUUCUGCAAAUAGCUGAAACUAUUUCUUUGAGUGGUCUACAUGGAGGAUGUAAAAGUAUCGUCCCAGAUAUGGUUGGAAUUGUGGGAGGCAUGAAUAAUUUGUCUACUCUCCAUCUUACACAUUGUGAAGAGAUAGAAUGCAUCUUUGAUGCAACCUAUGAUUUCAAGGAAGAUGAUUUAAUUCCCAGGUUGGUCGUGUUACGCCUUAAGAAUAUGUUUAACUUGACAGAACUGUGUCAUGGUCCACCUCUGCAAGUAUUACACUACUUUGAGAAGCUAGAACUACUUUAUAUAGAUCGUUGCCAGCAGUUACACGUCAUAUUUCCAUCGGAAUGUAAAUUGCAAAAUCUUAAGAUCCUCAGAUUAACAUAUUGCAUGACCGAUGAAAUACUCUUUUCAGAAUCUGUUGCCCAAAGUAUGCAUCAACUAGAAGAACUAACAAUAGCAGGCUGCAAUGAACUGAAGCAUAUAAUUGCUUUAAGUGGAAGCGAUCAUGGUGGUUGUAAUACAAGUGAAGAAAUAAUUCCAACUCCAAUGGACUCUCCCUUUUUGAUGAGCAAACUAAGGGAUAUUCUUAUUUUUAAUUGUAAAAGUUUAGAAUCGAUAUUUCCAAUUUGUUAUGUCGAAGGACUUGCACAAUUGCAAAAUAUGAGUAUAGAAAAGGCUCCUAAGCUGGAAUAUGUGUUUGGCGAAUGUGAUCAUGAAUACGUUUCAUCACACCAAAACCAUGUCAUGCUGCCUCAUUUGGAAGAUCUAAACCUGGUUGAUCUUGACAAUCUCAUUGGGAUAUGUCCAGAGAGUUGUCAAGCAAAGUGGCCAUCUCAGUCUCUGAGGAUACUACACAUACAAGGAUGUCCAAAAUUGGCUAUACCAUGGUUCAAUUUGAAGGAUGGCUAUGAUCAGAGUGAACAUCAUCUGAAUGAAAUUUGGAGUCUCCAAUGUCUUCAGAGUUUUACUUUGGAUAUUAUUUGGUUAUUGUGAAGAAUUGAAAUAUUUGUUCUCCAUGGAAACACAUACAAGCCUACCAGAGUUGAUGGAACUUUGCAUUUACAAUUGCGAAGAAUUGGAACAAAUUGUUGCAGCAAAUGAAGAACUUGUGCAGCUUCCUAAUGCUGAAUUGUACUUUCCAAAGCUAUAGUAAGAAAGACCGGCUGUAGUAAAAACAUUCCUGUGUAUAAAUGUAAAACUAAGCAAAUAUAAAUGUUCAUUUUUCUCUGAGAAAUCAAGUGGCAAUAAAAAUGUGUGAUACUAGUUCUUGUAA